CUUUUUUAUCCUCUCUCAUCAUAUACCUCCGAGCCAUAGCAAGGGAUUCAUUCUCUCUUGCUCACUCUCUUGGUGCUGGUUUUUGGGAGCCUCUGGUCCUUUAGACAUAUGUGGGGAUAUAUGGAUAGAAAUAUAGGAAGCUAUCCCAAUCUGCCUCAUCCAUCUUUCCAACCUUACGCAUCAGGCAGUCAGCACCCUGAAAGCAAUGCUGCAUAUUUUUCGUGGCCAACAUCGACCCAACUGCAUGGUGCUGCUGAAGAUCGAGCAAACUAUUUCAGAAACCUCCAGAAGGGAGUUUUGACAGGAAAUCUUGACAGGUUGCCAAUUGGGAAGCAAGCCACCACAUUGCUUGACUUAAUGACUAUAAGAGCAUGCCAUAGCAAGAUUUUACACCGUUAUAGUCUUGGCACAGCAGUAGGAUUUCGAAUUAGGAAUGGAGCACUGACUGACAUACCUGCUGUUCUUGUUUUUGUGGCUCGAAAAGUUCACAGACAAUGGCUCAGUCAUAUCCAGUGUUUACCAAGAGCCCUUGAGGGUCCAGCGGGUAUAUGGUGUGAUGUGGAUGUUGUUGAAUUUUCUUAUUAUGGUGCACCAGCACCAGCUCCUAAAGAACAACUGUACACUGAACUUGUGGAUGAAUUAUGUGGAGCUGAUUCAUGUAUAGGAUCUGGAUCUCAGGUAGCAUGCCAACAGACAUGUGGAACGCUGGGUGCAAUUGUGAAGAGCCAAACAGGCAAUAGACAAGUAGGUUUUCUCACAAAUUGGCAUGUGGCAGUUGAUUUGGAUUACCCUCACCAGAAGAUGUUUCAUCCUUUACCUCCCAACCAUGGACCUGGAGUAUACCUAGGUUAUGUGGAGAGGGCAACAUCUUUCACCACAGAUGAUGUGUGGUAUGGGACAUAUGCUUCAACGAACCCAGAGACUUUUGUUCGGGUUGAUGGGGCGUUUAUCCCCUUUGCAGAUAGCUUCGACAUAUCUAAUGUCAUGACUGCAGUGAAAGGAGUUGGCGAGAUUGGAGAUGUCAAGGCUGUAGACUUGAAAUCUCAAAUCAACAGCCUCAUUGGGAAGCAUGUGGUGAAGGUGGGCAGAAGCUCUGGUCUAACUACAGGGACUAUAAUGGCUUAUGCUUUUGAAUAUAAUGAUGAAAAAGGAAUAUGCUUUUUCACUGAUUUUCUUGUUGUGGGUGAGAACCAACAAACCUUUGAUCUCGAAGGUGAUAGUGGAAGCCUCAUCAUUUUGAUGGGAGAGGAUGGUGAGAAACCGCGACCUAUAGGGUUCAUAUGGGGUGGGACAGCUAAUCGUGGGAGAUUAAAGCUCAAAAGUGGUCAUGAUCUAGAGAACUGGACAAGUGGAGUUGAUCUAGGUCGGCUUCUUGAUUUAUUGGAACUUGAUCUUAUCACGACCAGUGCAGGACUCCAAGAAGCGGUACGGAAGCAAAGGAGGGGUUUCCGAGCUGGUUUUGAUUCUACUGUUGGAGAGCCAUCUCCUCUAGAGUGCAGCCUACCAAAGGAUAAGAAUGAGGAGAUCUCUGAGGCUCUAUGUCAGAACAUCCAACAAGGACCUCAUCUUGGAAAUGUUGAAUUCCAUGUUGACAUGGUUGAGGUUGCAAACAAUGUGAAGGAGUAUCAGUUCAUUCCAAACUUUGACACGUGCCCCAUGCAUCACAACCAAGAAGCCAGCCAUGAAUCAAGGACUCCCUCUCCACUGGUGGACUUAUCAGAUGAAGAUCUCUGCGUUUCUUUGCACUUGGGGGAUCGAGAACCUAGGACGAAGCAUUCUGAUCCAGCCCCAACUGAAGAAUCGCCAAAAUAAGAACCGUUCUCCAUCAUUAAGGACCUGCCUGCCUCAUCUUUAUUGUCAAGCAGUCCCUGAGGUAUCUUGGUUUUGCACUCCGCAGCAAUGGUAAUGGAUAGAGCAAUGGAAACUCUUAAAUUCAGUAUAAGAUGGAGAGCUUACUAUUUACCAUAGCAGCCUGUGGAGAGUCAUGACCAAAUUUGGACUGGCAAAGAAAAUUUCAUCUCUGGCAAUCAUCUGCUAGAAUUCUUGAAGUGGCUCUGUGCAGAGGGGCAUUGACACAAUUUUGUUGUCCUGCAGUUCUACAUUCUCAAAGCAACUCAAAAAUGUUACACGAGGGUAUGUACCAUAGAAGAUAUGUCGAGGCCAUAGUUCUAGUAAUGCUUGGUAUAGUGCAAGCAUCAUUUGGACAUAUGCACACUCAUCCUUGGCAUGAUCUAUUAAUCAAAUCAUAUUUCUGGAGUAUAAGCUUACGUUUUAU